AUGGAACUAAUUAACGUAUAUAUUUUAGUUAAUUUAGCACUUUCCUUCAAGAAGGUUUGGAUAAGAGUUAACUAACCUUUAUUAUAGACCUUAAACAAAACUAAACUUAUCAUAAUUAAAGAAAAAAGCAGAAUCUACAAACACUUCAAUGAGACAUAAAUCUUAAAGAGAUAUCAAUAACAAUAAUGUUUGGUACUAAGUAUCCAUAAAGAAAAGAACAAAUAGUUAACAUAGCAGUGGAGAUUCAGUCUCUCAUAGAUAGAAAUCAUAAAGAUGUUCAAGCAGAAAUCAAACAAUAUAAACUGUAAGAUUUUGUGAUGUCAAAUAAUUAUUAAUUGAUGAAUAGAAUAAGUAAUUUAUUGAAAACAUUGAUAUGGUGUAUUCAAGUAAACCUCAGUAUUGUAGUGUCUAUGCCUAUGAUAUCUAAGAAUAUUUAAAAUCUAUAGAAAUUUCAUAUUAGUUAAGUGCACAACAAUACUUUCAUCAUUAACCUUAAAUAACUUAGAAAAUGAGAACUAUUUUAAUAGAAUGGAUAAUUGAUGUAUCUGCAAAAUUUAGAUUAAAAUAAGACACACUAUUUUUAACUAUAAGUUUGCUUGAUAGAUAUAUGUUGACAACUCCUGUUUCAAAAAAUAUUUUAUAACUCAUUGGAGUUUCUGCCUUAUUCAUAGCAAGUAAAUUGGAAGAGGUUCAUUAAUUAAUGGCAAAGGAUUUAGCUUAUAUUACCGAUAAAACUUACACUAAAGAAUAAAUUAUAUAUACAGAAUCCCUUAUAUUGAAGCAGCUUAAUUUCAAUCUCACUACCCCUACAAUAAUGUAUUUUUUAAACAGAUAUCAAAAUAUUUGCCCUUUAAAUUUAAAACAUUUUUUUUAUUGUCAAUUAUUAAUUGAAAUUUAUCUACUAUUAUAACCUUAGACUCAUAAUAGUAGUUAAUUGGCAGCAGCUUCAUUUUUAUUGAUUCGAAAAUAAAAGAAAUAUAAUCCUAUAUGGCCUGAAGAAUUAGAAAUAAUUAGUAAUUGCAGUGAGAACAAAUUACAUUUAAUAGUAAAAAUGCUGUUACAAUGUUAAUUAGAAUUUCAAACAAGAUAGAAUAUAUUUAACUCAUUGUAUACGAAAUAUUCUUAGUAUAAAUAUUGUAAAAUAAUUAAUGUAUGA